CAACAUGGACCAUAAAUAGAACAGUUAGAGAGCGCACCAUACAUCUUCAGACAAGAGUUGACCUAAUAAAAAAGACUUCACAACAAGAGUUGUUCAAACCAAGAGAUGAAGCCAUUUCCUCCCCUCCUGGCAUUGGGAUGGUGCCUGAUGUUCAGCCAGACAGCCCUGUCUACAGAGGAAAGUUUGGGUGGCCCUUUCAUUCACAGUUCAGUGGAGGAGGCAAAGAGACUUGUAGAUGAAGCAUACAAGUACUCCCGAGAAAAGAGUCUGGAGAGAGUGCGUGGGCAGUCCACCAGGCCCUCUGAUGUCCUACGUCUCCUGAAGCAGCCUGCCAGGGACACACGCUCUGCUGUACGGUCUGCAGACUACCUGGAGAACACCCUGAGACUGAUCCAUGAGAAAGUCCACAGCACGCACAGGCUGCAUAAACGCUCGCUCAAUGCAACAGACCUGCUUACAGCAGAGCAGCUAGACACCAUUGUCCGGGUAACUGGCUGUGCAGCUCGUGUCAGCAAACCCUCCUGCCACAGCACACCCAACAUGAACAAGUACCGCACAGCCACCAGCGUCUGCAACAACCUGAAGUUCCCUCGUCUUGGAGCCUCAAACACCCCCUUCACUCGUUUCCUGCCUGCUCAGUAUGACGAUGGGGUCUCUCGACCCAAAGGCUGGAACCGAAACACGAGCUUCAACAACUUUGUGCUCCCUCUGGUAAGGGAGGUCUCUAACCGUAUCCUGGCAACCAAUGACUCUGGUAUAGUGAACGAUGGCGAGUUCACACACUUUGUCACCCUCUUUGGCCAGUGGAACGACCAUGACCUGACAUUCACGCCCUUCUCUCCCAGCAUCCGCUCCUUCAGCAACGGCCUGGACUGUAACGAGAAAUGUGAACGCUCCGAGCCCUGCUUCCCUAUCCAGAUUCCUCCCAGAGACCCACGCUUGCCCACUGGCCCAGACAGCUGCAUCCCAGUCUUCCGAUCAGCGCCCGCAUGCGGCACAGGAGAGUCUGCUUUCAAUUUCGGUGGCGUGGCCACGAAGAGGGAGCAGAUCAAUUCACUGACGGCCUUCCUUGACUUGGGGCAAGUGUACGGCUCUGAGGAGGGGUUGGCACGUGACCUCCGUGACCUCACCAACAAUGGGGGCCUGCUGCGUGUCAACAAAAACUUCACAGACAAUGGGCGCGAGUUUCUACCCUUCACUAAGUUGAAGGGGAACAUGUGUUUCACCCGCAACAGAGUCACCAAUGACACCAAUGCCAGAGAGGUGCCCUGCUUCAUUGCAGGUGAUGCCCGUGUGGAUGAGAACAUAGCAUUGACAUCCAUUCACACAAUGUUCAUGCGUGAGCACAACCGUUUGGCCCGUGCCUUGAGUCGUCUCAAUCCACAAUGGGAUGCUGAGACACUCUAUCAGGAGGCUCGCAAGAUCAUGGGCGCCUACACCCAGUUGUUUGUGUUCCGGGACUACCUGCCGCACAUCGUGGGCCCAGACGCCAUGGCCCGGCAGCUGGGCCGUUACCCUGGAUACAACGAGAAUAUUGAUCCCAGCAUUGCCAACGUGUUUGCUACAGCAGCCUACCGCUUUGCCCACCUGGCCAUCCAGCCCAUUCUGUCCCGCCUGGACAGCAACUACAUGGAGAAUGCCAUGUUCCCCAAUGUGCCUCUGUUCAAGGCCUUCUUCACCCCCUGGAGGCUAAUUUUUGAGGGUGGUAUCGACCCUCUGAUCCGUGGUCUGGUGGGUCGCCCAGCAAAGCUGAACACCCAAGAUCACAUGUUGGUGGACGCUGUGAGGGAGAGACUCUUCCAGUUUGUAGAACACCUGGCUCUGGACCUGGGCUCCCUCAACAUGCAGCGUGGACGCGACCAUGGCCUGCCUGGCUACAAUGCUUGGCGUACAUUCUGUGGGCUCUCAACGCCUAGGAACGAGGCCGAGCUGGGUGCAGUUCUGAACAACAGAGACCUGGCCCGCAGACUGCUGCAGCUCUACGGCACCCCAGCUAACAUUGACGUGUGGAUGGGGGGCGUGGCUGAACCAUUUGUACGCAGGGGCCGCGUAGGGCCUCUCUUUGCCUGCCUCAUCGCCACCCAGUUCCAGAGGAUCCGCCAGGGAGACAGGCUGUGGUAUGAAAACCCAGGCGUCUUCACUUCGGCACAGAGGGUUAGCCUGAGUCGUGCCUCUCUGGGUCGGAUCAUCUGUGACAACACUGGCAUUUUGACCGUGCCGCGUGACCCCUUCAGAAUCCCUGAUAAUGGGAACAACAGACUCAUCAAGUGCAGCACUAUCCAGCAAUUAAACCUCCAAUCCUGGAGGGAGAGACCUACAGAGGCCAAACAACAGAACCAGGACCAUAACCAGCAGGAGGAUCAGAACCAGGAGCAACAACAACAGGACCAGGACAAUGAGAUCCCCUGAUUUGAGGCCCGCUUGACCCUCAGGACCCAGCAGCAACCCAACCCUGCAGUUCUCCACUUUCCAUUAUAUGUGUUGAACUACAUUUAGAAGGAAACAUUUUAUGGUAAUGUUUCAAAUAUAAAUAUAAAUAACAAAGCAGAAAUACAAACGUAACACACUUAUUAAGCUUGAUACAUAUUACUGUAUACCCAUAUUUCUUUAUGAGCAUACAAAAAUACAUAGUAGCUUUUUAUUAUAUCAAACUAAGUAGCUGGGGUUCUCAAUUUUCUCACACGGAAAUAUCACAUUCUUUAAAGGGGAAAUCAAAUAAUAACAAUAACAAAGUGGUCACCCACAACUGUUUUGGUAAAUUGCUGGGGGACGGGGCUGGGGGGGCGGGGCUGGGGCUGGGGGACGGGGCUGGGGGACGGGGCUGGAGCUCUCAAAUCUUCAACAGAGAUAUGACAUUUCUAGAUUCAUAUAAUACAUUUUGGCAGGAGUGUAGUAAGUCUUAUGAAUUAUCUUGAAUUGCAAUAAUGUAUGUCUAAGGUUGUGGGAGCAGGUAUGAACAUUUUCACAUAUCUGUGAUCAAUAGUUCUCCUCAAUUUCUUACUUCAGAUCUGUUUAAAUGUUCCUUAUUGGUUCUGAACUAUCAGGUAGAGUUUCAAUCAACCCUUGAUAUAACUUGGCAAUCAACUUCCUUGGCAGAGCAGCUUCUUUCAGUAUUUUCUCUAUGCUAUAUGCCUUAGGUUCAUCCAAAUUCUGUUGAAGUGACUGAAUAAGAUUUCUUAGUUGUAAGAACUUAAAGAAAUUGACCAUGAUUAACCCACAUUUUUCUUGUUAUCGAUUGAACGACAGUAGAGAGCCAUCAUAGCACACAUGUUAAAAAUUCACAUGCCACUUUGGAACCAGGAGUUGUAAUGAAACGCUGGAGGUCAUGUGGAGUUGUUCCAAAUAAGGGUGCCUGGCGAUAUAGUUUUCUUUGCAUUAAAAAAAAUAUAUAUUUGCAUUCUUCUAUCUGAUAUUUUGUUAUGCCAUUGUUACUGUGACUUUGUAUGUGUUGUUUACUCAUUCUGUGUCAACAAAUCAAGGAAUAGUGUAUUAAUAUUUUUUAUGCAUUUAUUUGUGCAAAAGGAAUGAAAAAGGCGACUUUAUUAAAAAAAAAAAUCUAAACGUUUACAAAUUAAAAAGUACAUUUAUAAAUAAACAAAAAUGAAAACUAGCGCUGAAUUCCUCUAUAUGCAUCUACUGUAAAUUAGCUAACAAUUCUAGUAAACAUAUUUUUUAUAAUUGUGUAAUUAGUUUAUUAAAAACAAUCUUAACAUUGUUCGGUGAGAUGUUCAAGUCAGUUAUCAACUGUUUUAUAUAUAUUAUGAAAAAAACAAAUAUUAUACAACAAAACUAUAGAAAUUAAGAUUCUGCACACUUCCUGAAUUUGGUGCUUAUUUAAAUGUGUACUGCACCUGUAUCCUUUUUCUCUGCCGCUUUUUAUGGUUUAUUUCACAAAUAUUUUCUUUUAUUGAAACACUGUAUUCAUGUGUUUUAUUGCAUAAAUAUGAACUGCAUCAGAAAAUAAACAUUCUUAACUAA